CGCGAGAGGUGCCGCCCGCAGCCAUCUUGCUUCCCGGUGAGGGGGCUGGAGCCGUUAGGGCGGUUGGCACAAUGUUUUUAACAACAGCAUUACUCCGAAAGAGAAUUCCUGGAAAACAGUGGAUUGGAAAAUACAGGCAACCAAGAGUGGUUACCCAGUCAAUGAAGCAAGCAAUGAUCCGAAGGCUGGAAAUUGAAGCAGAGAAUGAAUAUUGGCUGAGUCGACCUUACCUGACCCGGGAGCAGGAGUACAAACAUAACACAGAAGAGAGACGUGCAAAAUGGGAAGCUUUCAAAAGACUGGUGACAGCCAAGUUGCCUGAGCAUAGAUAUAUGAGUGAUCACUUAGACCACUUAAAUGUGACGAAGAAGUGGACAUCUUGAAUAAUACGGCGUAUUUCUAUUUGGCACGUAUUAUGCACUAUCGUGGGAUCUACUGUUGUACCUAUUACGGUAGUUUUGUAAUUCAAUAUAAUAAGGGUAGAUGACAAAUGAGACUUUGUUACGGUAUACAAAAUCUUACAUUAAAAGCAGUCUUACAGUGUGUUUUCUUA